AUGCCUGGCGAUGGCGGUGGCAAUGGUGUUAGGCGGAUUGCCUGUGGCUACUUAUCAUCUUUCAAAUCAUUAGAUUUCCCGCCAUUGCCAGCUGAUCACGAAAGCCGCCAUUUUGUUUCAACACAUUCUUCUUCUUCUUCUUCUUCUUUUUCUUCCUCUUCUUCUACCUCUUCUUCUUCUUCUUCCUCUUCGUUUUCUUCGCCGUCUUCUUCUUCUUCUUCUUUUUCUUCUCCCUUUUUUUCGUCUUCAUUCUACUUCUUUUUCUUUUUCAUCCUUUUCUUUUCCUCUUCUUGUUUUCAUCUGCCUCUUCCUCUUCUUUUUUUUUCUUCCUCUUCUUCUACCUCUUCUUCUUUUUCUUCUUCUUCUUCUUCUUCUUCUUCCUCUUCGUUUUCUUCGCCGUCUUCUUCUUCUUCUUCUUCUUCUUUUCUUCUUCUCCCUUUUUUUCGUCUUCAUUCUACUUCUUUUUUUCUUUUCAUCCUUUUCUUUUCCUCUUCUUGUUUUCAUCUGCCUCUUCCUCUUCUUUUUUCUUCCUCUUCUUCUACCUCUUCUUUUUUUCUUCUUCUUCUUCCUCUUCGUUUUUUCUUCGCCGUCUUCUUCUUCUUUUUCUUCUUCUCCUUUUUUUUCGUCUUCAUUCUUCUUUUUUUUUUUUUUCAUCCUUUUCUUUUCCUCUUCUUGUUUUCAUCUGCCUCUUCCUCUUCUUCUUUUCUUCCUCUUCUUCUACCUCUUCUUCUUUUCUUCCUCUUCUUCUACCUCUUCUUCUUUUUCUUCCUCUUCUUCUACCUCUUCUUCUUUUUCUUCUUCUUCUUCCUCUUCGUUUUCUUCGCCGUCUUCUUCUUUUUCUUCUUCUCCCUUUUUUUCGUCUUCAUUCUACUUCUUUUUUUCUUUUUCAUCCUUUUCUUUUCCUCUUCUUGUUUUCAUCUGCCUCUUCCUCUUCUUCUUUUUCUUCCUCUUCUUCUACCUCUUCUUCUUUUUCUUCUUCUUCUUCUUCCUCUUCGUUUUCUUCGCCGUCUUCUUCUUCUUCUUUUUCUUCUUCUCCCUUUUUUUCGUCUUCAUUCUACUUCUUUUUUUUUCUUUUUCAUCCUUUUCUUUUCCUCUUCUUGUUUUCAUCUGCCUCUUCCUCUUCUUCUUUUUCUUCCUCUUCUUCUACCUCUUCUUCUUUUUCUUCUUCUUCUUCCUCUUCGUUUUCUUCGCCGUCUUCUUCUUCUUCUUUUUCAUCUUCUUCUUCUUAUCAACCAUUCUGUCAUUUCUUUCUUUCUUUCUUUCUUUCUUUCUUUCUUUCUUUCUUUCUCCUUGUCCUGCAACAAUCUUUCUCUUUGUUUCUGUUUCUUUCUUUCUUUCUUUCUUUCUUUCUUUCUUUUUUUUUUUCCUCCUUGUCCUAUAUCAAUCUUUCUUUUCUUCUUUGUUUCUGUUUUUUUUUUUCUUUGUUUCUUUUCUUUGUUUCUUUUUUUUCUUUCUUUUUUCCUUGUCCCUAUAUUAAUCUUUCUCUUCCAAUAUUCUGUUUUGUUUUUUCUUUUUUUCUUUCUUUCUUUUCUUUCUUUCUUUCUUUCUCCUUGUCCUAUAUUAAUCUUUUCUUUUAAAUGUUUUUUUUCUUUGUUUUUUUUUCUUUUUCUUUCUUUCUUUCUUUCUCCUUGUCCUAUAUCAAUCUUUCUCUUUGUUUCUGUUUUUUCUUUCUUUCUUUUUCUUUCUUUCUUUCUUUUCUUUCUUUCUCCUUGUCCUAUAUCAAUCUUUCUCUUUGUUUCUGUUUUUUCUUUCUUUCUUUCUUUCUUUCUUUCUUUCUUUUCCUUGUCCUGUAUCAAUCUUUUCUCUUUUGUUUCUUUUUGUUUCUUUCUUUCUUUCUUUCUUUUCUUUCUCCUUGUCCUGUAUCAAUUUUUUCUCUUUCUUUUUUUUCCUUGUCCUAUUUCUUUUUGUUUCUUGCUUUUUUUUCUUUCUUUCUUUCUUUCUUUCUUUCUCCUUGUCCUAUAUCAAUCUUUCUCUUUGUUUCUGUUUUUUCUUUCUUUCUUUCUUUCUUUCUUUCUCCUUGUCCUAUAUCAAUCUUUCUCUUUGUUUCUGUUUUUCUUUCUUUCUUUCUUUCUUUCUUUCCUUGUCCUAUAUCUUAAUCUUUUCUCUUUGUUAUAUCAAUUUCUUUCUUUCUUUCUUUCUUUCUUUCUUUCUUUCUUUCUCCUUGUCCUAUAUCAAUCUUUCUCUUUGUUUCUUAACUUUUCUUUCUUUUUUGAACCUUCUUCGUUUCUUCUCCUUGUCAAUUUACUGUUUUGUUUUAAACUACAAUCUUUUUCUUUUUCUUUACAUUCAUUUCUGUCUCUUUCUAUUCCUUGUCCUAUAUCAACAAAUGACGUCAUAUGUUUCUUUUUUCUUUCUUUCAUUCCUUUCCAAAAUUUAUUCUUUUCUUUCUUUUUUUUUUUUUUAACGUUCUUCCUUUUCUUUGUCCUAUAUCAAUCAUUUCUCUUUUUUCUGUUUUUUUUUCUUUCUUUCUUUUCCUAUUCUUUCUUUUCCCUUUCUCACCGCCGUAAUCUAUCUUCCCUGCAAGGCUCGGUCUCUUCCGUGGAAGACCCUAACGUCUUUGUGACCGAAGAAAGCGUAAAUGAGUUCAAGCAAUAUGAAGACACUGGAGGCGUCAUUCAUUCUUACUUUCUUUCUUUUAUUUUCUUCUUUCUUACUUAUUCUUUGCUUGGUUCUUUCUUUCUUUCUUUUAGUUUUUUUUUUUUUACUUAUUUUUGCUUCUUUCUUUCUUUCUUUCUUUCUUUCUUUCUUUCUUUCUUUCUUUCUUUCUUUCGUUCCAGCCGCUACAUUUCACGAUUUUAUUCUUUAUUUGUUGACAUUUUUUCUUUCUUUUACUUUCUCUUUUUCCAUUGUUUUUUCUUUCCCUUAACUUCUUUUCUUCUUGCUUUUCUUUCUUUCUUUCUUUCUUUCUUUCUUUCUUUCUUUCUUUCUUUUUCAUUCCUUAUUUGUUGUCGUUUUUCUUUCUUUUACGUUCUCUUUCUCCAUUGGUUUUCUUUCUUUUUCUUUCUUCUUUCUUUUUGCUUUUCCAUUUCUUAUAUUCUUUUUUUUUUCUAUUAUUUUCAUUCUUUCUCUUCUUUUUUCUUUCUUUCUUUUGUUUCCAUUUUCACGCACUUCUGUGUUUUCCUUCAAAUUUUUCAUCUUCUUUCUUUCUUCCUUUUCUUUCUUUCUUUCUUUCUUUCUUUCUUUCUUUCUUUCUUUCUUUCGUUUGUUCGUUUCAAUUUUCAUAUAUAUUUCUUUAUUUACAUAAUCUUAUAUCCACUAUUGGCAUCUUUAGCUGUGUUUUUCCUUCAAAUUUUUUCUUUCUUUCUUCUUUUCUUUCUUCCUUCUUUCUUUCUUUUUUUUUCUUUCUUUCUUUCUUUCUUUCUUUCUUUUCUUUCGUUUCUGUGUUUUCCUUCAAAUUUUUCAUCUUCUUUCUUUCUUCCUUUUCUUUCUUUCUUCCUUUUCUUUCUUUCUUUCUUUUCUUUCUUUCUUUCUUUCAAUUUUUUUUGUUCGUUUCAAUUUUCAUAUAUAUUUCUUUAUUUACAUAAUCUUAUAUCCACUAUUGGCAUCUUUGCUUUAUUUUUUCCUUCAAAUUUUUUCAUCUUUCUUUCUUCCUUUUCUUUCUUUUUCUUUCUUUCUUUCUUUCUUUCUUUCUUUCUUUCUUUCUUUCGAUUGUUCCUGUGUUUUCCUUCAAAUUUUUCAUCUUUCUUUCCUCCUUUUCUUUCUUUCUUUCUUUCUUUCUUUUCCCUAAUUUUUCGUCCAAUUUUUCAUCUUCUUUCUUUCUUCUUUUUUCUUUUCUUUCUUUUUCUUUAUUUCUUCGAUUCGUUUCCAUUUCCUCCUAUUUUUCAUCAAUUAAGUUAUUUUAUAUCCACUAUUUCCAUCUUUCCAUUCCUUUUUCUUUCUUUUUCAUUUUUGUAUUUUCUUCUUUCUCUCUUUUUUCAUCCAGUUUUUCAUCUUCCUUUUUUUCUUUACUUUUCUUUCUUUCUUUCUUUCUUUUUUUCUUUCUUUCUUUCUUUCUUUCUUUCUUUCUUUCCCUCAUUUUUUUCAUCCAAUUUUUCGUCUUUCUUCUUUCUUUUCAUAUUCCUUCAUUAUUUCUUUCUUUCGUUUAAAUUUUCACGUGUUUUUUUCUUCAUUUACAUUAUCUGGUAUUCACUAUUUCUCUUCCAUUUUCUCCCCAUUUUCAUCCUCUUUCUUUCUUUCUUUCUUUCUUUCUUUUUUUUCAUCUUCUUUCUUUCUUUAUUUUUCUCUUUCUUAUCCUUUAACAGAUUUACACGGAAAAUGUUUCAUUCCUUUUAUCAAUUCUUCAUUUCGUUCGUUUCCACAAUCCUUCUACAGGUUUCAUUCCUUUUAUCAAUUCUUCAUUUCGUUCGUUUCACACAAUCCUUCUACAGGUUUCAUUCCUUUUAUCAAUUCUUCAUUUUUCGUUCAUUUCACAAGUUUCAUUCCUUUUAUCAAUCCUUCUACAGGUUUCAUUCCUUUUAUCAAUUCUUCAUUUCGUUCAUUUCACACAAUCCUUCUACAGGUUUCAUUCCUUUUAUCAAUUCUUCAUUUCGUUCAUUUCACACAAUCCUUCUACAGACUUUACGUCUCUCGAUAAAUUUCUACCACUCCAUUUGUUCAACCUUCUAUCUUUACAUUUUCAUAUCUGAUCUCUCGCACUCUCUCUGUCUCUAUGUUUGUCUCUUCCUAACUAUCUAUCUAUCUAUUAGAUUCUUCCUCUUUCUCUCAAUAUUUAUAUCUUUCUAA